CGCCCCAAGACUGUAUGUGAACAUCACAAGGGACAGCUUGCAAUCAGAGCUAAGCCCCCGUGGAGCGCGGCCUAGCCUGGGAAUGUACAUACCCCCAGUGUGAUGAAAAUGGCAAUUACAGACUCUGCAGUGCCAUGGUUCAACCGGUUACUGUUGGUGUGUGGACAGUAGGGGGCAGGAGCGCCCUGGGACAAGAACACCCCCUGGCACGGCCCUCGGCUCGUUGUGAUCAUCAUGAGACCACACUACGGCCUAAGACUGUGUGUGAGCAACACAGAGACAGACUGCUAGCUGAGCAAAGCUCUCAGGAGGGAAUCCCAUUUGAAGGAGUCUACAUACCCCAGUGUGAUGAGGCUGGCAAUUACAGACCCCUACAGUGCCACGAAUCUACUAGCCAUUGCUGGUGUGUGGAUGCUAAAGGCCAAGAGAGGCCUGGGACAAGAACUUACCCAGGAACUUCCCCUGCCAAUUGUGAUCAACCAAGGUAACAUCCAAAUCAUGAAUGUUUCAC